UUGUUUUUUAAUCGGGCUCGGAAUCCAUAUGCAAUGCAAGUCACAUUGCAUGUGUACGAUGUCCUUCUAAAAUCUCUGAUAUAUCAAUAAUACAAGAACAUGAAACCUUUAAUAGAACUCAUCAUAGGUGGCGCUCAAGUGGUAGCUCGAGCUUUUACAAGAGCAGUACAGGAGGAAUUCCGAUCAAGCCAACAGGCAGCCCAGAAAGCAGGGGGUGGGAGACAGGGGGCCAGAAGAGCAGCCAAUGAUUCAGCUACAGGGAUUACUCUACAGGAGGCCAAACAAAUCUUGAAUGUGAGCAAUUCAGAAGAUUUAGAAGCCAUUGAGAAAAACUACCAACAUUUAUUUGAAGUGAAUGAUAAAGCUAAAGGAGGGUCCCUAUACUUACAGUCCAAGGUAUAUCGAGCAAAGGAGAGGAUGGAUAUGGAGUUAGAGAAAUCUAGACAGGAAGCAGGGACUAAUGACACCAAGGAAGAACCUAAAACAUAAUGAAGUUAUGCAUUGUUAGAAUUAUUUAAAUUUGUUUGCAAUGAUCUGUGAUUACCUUUUAACAUUUCUAUCUCCACUCCACCACCAAAUAAUGGAGAGUAUCACGUGAUUCAGGGUCAUGGCUGGAUCAGUUCAUUCAUGGAAGCAAGUAGAUGCUAUUUGCACUUGUGAUAUACUCAUCAAAUGUGAAGUUGAGUUUUAAUUUUGUGGAAAUACUAUUAAAAGCUAUUGCUGAAUCUAACAAGUUUUUUCGCCAUCAAAAAUGUGAUGUUGUCAUUCAGGAAAUCAAGAAGCUACACGAAAUCAACAAACCACAAGGAAAAACCUUUGUCUUUAUAUAAGCACUAUGACAUAAGUAUUUAUUAACCACUGGUUUAAAUAUUUUAAUUGUACCUUUUAAUAUCAAAACAUGUAUAAAUCAUUUUGUGCAUUAGUGUCAUAAAAUCUUUAAAAAAGUUUUGUUUUUUUUUUUUAAAUAAUUCAUUAAGCUGAACUUGUAUGUUCUUUUACAUAGUACAUGUUCGGGUGCACAUCUUUAAAAAAAAAAAACCAUGGUUACUAGAUGUACAAAAAUAUUCAGCAUGAAAACAUCUUUAUAUAUAUUGCUCUAAUUUCUGUAGUUUGUUUUCAACUAUACGAGUAUUUGGAAAUGAAUAUUGCAAUUUAUAGGAUGAUAUUAAACUGUAUAUAUUAUCAGGUUUAUAAUUUCCAGAGUCAUUUUUAUAAUGCAUAAAAUAUAUUUCAAUUUGUAACAUGAGUAAGAAUAAAUGUACAAGACAUCA